AUGGCUGCUGACAUACCUACUCAACCCGAGGAUGUUGAAAAAGAUGGGUGCUGGUUGAGUCAACAUACACGUUUUUUGUGCCAGGCGCGUGAAAAAGAACCCGAUAUUCUGCUCAUUGGCGAUUCUAUUUUCUUUAAUUUUCAAGCGACACAAAUGUUCAAAACUUAUAUCGAACCACUUCAUUGUCUUAAUUUUUCUAUACUGAAUGACGAAACUCAACACGUUCUUUGGCGUGUGCUUAAUGGAGAACUCGAUGAGGUCCAGGUUAUUGCCCUGGCAGUUGGAACACACAAUAAGGGUCCUGCUGCUGACAUCGUCAAAGGGAUUCGAGCUAUUGUAAAUGUCAUAAAGGAAAAGCAGCCUGAAGCGCAUAUUGUGAUUAUGGGUCUACUGCCUUGUGGUCGAUUUCCAAACCCUAGGCGACAGAAACAUGAGGAGGUAAAUAGAUUGCUUUCCGUGGAACUCAGUCGACCCGGUGACCGAGUAGUCUUUCUGUGUCCUGACUGGGAUUCCUUCCUGCAACCAAAUGGUUCAAUUUCCCAUCGUGAUAUGCUCGAUUAUCUUCAUCCCACAGAGGCCGGCUACGCCAAAUUUAUAGACCCGUUGGUUGAGGAAUUUCAAACGUCACUUCAAACUUUCCUUAAAACAAAUGCACCAUCCACCAGCCCACUUUAG